AGGACCCCCCCCAACAUGCACUUCCGCUUCCGGGGCGGAGGUCGCGGCAAUGGCGGCGCCCAGCUGAGGUCGGCUGCCGCCAGCGCCAUGCUGCCCGCGCUGAGGCGCUGCUGGGCCGCGCUGCGGCCCGGCCCCUUCCCCGGCGCGGUGCUGGUGCCCGCGCGGGGCCGCAAGACGCGGGACGACCCGCCCGCCAAGUCCAAGGCCGGGCGCAUCAAGGUGCCGCCGCCCGUGGACCCGGCCGAGCUGCUCGUGGUGCAGGAGCGAUACAGCCAGUACUACCGCGUGCUGCGGGCCCUCAGGUCGGAGUUCCGGGUGGAGGCGGGGAAGAAGAAGCGGGAGCUCCUGCAAGAGCAGGAGCAGCAGGUCACGACCGACAUACAGGAGUCGCUGCUGGCCUGGAACGACACGGAGAACGAGCGGCAGUGGAGGCGCAGGGAGGAGCGACUCAGGAGAGAAGAGGAAGAGCUGAAGAAGAAGAAGUUGCAAGGGGCCAUCAGCCAAGCCAAGCUGGUGGAGGACUUCAUGAAGCAGAAGGAGAAGGAGGUCCUCCGGCUACAGGAGGAAGCCCAAACCUUCAUCACUCCCGAGAACCUGGAUGAGCGGAUCAAGCAGUGCCUGGACAACCCCCAAAACUACAACUUUGCCAUCGACAAAAAGCAGCGCAUCGUCAGGCGCACUACCCUGUCCUAGGAGUGCUGCCUCCACCUUGGCCUGGCCGGGCAGUGCAGUGGCAGGCUGCCCAACGGUUUCUGUCCAGGUGUUGAGCUCACGGCAGGGAGGGGGCUUCCUGCACUGGGGACACAGAUCAGCCAGGGGAUUCUCAUUUGAACAAAUGGCCUUCAGUGGCCAUGUGUGGUUCCUGUCCUGAAACAAUCUCACCUGCUCCCCGGGUCAUGGCCCUUCCCUUCAGCACUAAUCGCACGUCUCUGGGAAAUAAAGGGAUGCGUUUUGUAUA